AUGGCCGGUCGUGAAUUCACACUGUCCUUUGAGACUACUCCGCCAACGGCCGCCAAACCCGGUUCCCCUUUCACAAUCCCAGUAAUCAUCGCCGUGAACCCAAUCGGGACACCGGCGCAAGAUGUGCAGCAUCUUGUCGUGAGCGCCUCUCUGCGCGACGAAUCUGGCACAGGAGCAGCCGUUGGCCUGAGUGGUAAUCUCACGGCGAGCGUUCGGAGCCGAGCCGACAACUCAAUGAGUGGAUAUGCGAAACUCAGUCCGCUCACUGUCUCGCAGCCUGGCAGGUUUCGGCUGCGAGUGAUGCUUAGCGCAGCUUCGUAUAACGGCGUGGUAACGAAGGAGUAUGUUGAUUCGACAGUGAUCCAUGUCCACGCCGGUGCGGCUGCCCAACGGCCAACUCCCACCCAGGUGGCACGACUACAGCGGCUUACGGCUGAAAAUUUGGACAUCUCCGCUGCGGAUAUCGCCGCAUGGCAGCACCAAAUGUUAAUCUCCACAGAUCUCAACGUCGUUGCAUAUCAAAUAGUUAAGAACGAAUCACGACCGCUUUCCCUCGGUCCAUGUGGAAAAAAUUUGGGACUUUCUCCUUUCGCCCUCCUAGCGUAUGUAGGCUUCUGGGGUGACCGCCUAUUUCUUCAAACACCGGUCUUGAAUCCCGACCUCGCGCAAAAUGUCCUCCCGGGGCAGCCCGGGGAUAUUGAUAUUCCUAUCGUCUUCUUACUGGUUCUCGGCUCCGGGCAAAAGGACCAAAUGGCCCCAUAA